AAAUUGUUAAAGUCGUUUGCUUACAUGCGGUGACUUAUAAUUAGCCGCUACAUUCUUACUGUAGGUGCUUGACAUCCUAAGCACGAAAGAGAGUUACUGAGAACGAAUGAAUAUGUUUUCUACUUGUUUGAAAAUCUAUUUUAAUAUAAAUAUAUUUUGAUUGCGAAGUCUUUCAAGAGAGAGCGACGCAAUAUUUUUUAUAAUUUAUUCGCUUCAAAAGAUAAGAUAUUCGUUUAGCUAAUUUGUAGAUACCAUAUAUAGAGAAAAUGUACAUAAAUAAAUCGAAUAUUAAACGACGACGCUUUAGUCAGCGGAGAAUAAUUCAAAUGGAACGUUGGUUGAAUAAGGUUGCCGUUGUAACGGGUGCAAGUUCGGGUAUUGGAGCCGCUACAGCAAAAGACUUGAUUCAUGCUGGUCUAAAUGUAGUUGGCUUGGCUAGACGUGUAGACCGUGUGGAGGAGUUAAAACAACAGUUGCCGGCAGAUAAGCGUCAAUAUCUAACAGCUAUAAAAUGUGAUGUCGCCGAUGUGGAAUCAGUUAAUGAAGCUUUCAAGCAAAUUGUUACAAAGUUUGGUGGAAUUGAUGUGUUAGUUAAUAAUGCUGGUCGUAUCGUAGGGGGUCAGUUAUGUACUAUGGAUGUUGCAGAAGUGCAACGCACUUUGCAAACCAAUGUUAUGGGUGUUAUACAUUGUACUCAACAUGCUUUCAAAUCGAUGAAAGAACGUAAUAUGAAUGGUCACAUUUUCAUUAUAAACAGUAUUGCUGGUCAUAAUGUAGUAAGCGGUAUUUAUGGUGAAAUCCCUAUGACCAAUGUAUAUUCACCUAGCAAAUAUGCCCUCACAGCCAUUACGGAAAUUUAUAGAAGAGAAUUUCUCGGCUUGGAAACGAAAAUCAAAAUAACUGUAAGUGUUUAUUUCUAUU